ACCCACCCCGUACAGAAGAAUAAAGGACUCGCCGCCGCGUGUGCUUUAAUUUAACGAAUUUAAACAAAAAGAAAACCUAACAAAAUGAGCCAGUUCGCUUGGGUGACGCUGACGACAAAUGACACGUACUCCCUGGGUGCCCUGGUGCUGGCCCACUCCCUGAAGCGGGCCGGGACCGCCCACCAGCUGGCCGUGCUGGUGACGCCCACCGUGUCGGAGGCGAUGCGCGACAGACUUAAGGACGUGUACAAUGUUGUACAAGAGGUGAAUGUGCUGGACUCACAGGAUGCGGCGAACUUGGCCCUGCUCUCCCGCCCGGAACUGGGCGUGACGUUCACAAAGCUGCACUGCUGGCGUCUGGUGCAGUUCGAGAAGUGCGUCUUCCUCGAUGCAGAUACCUUGGUCCUGCAAAAUGUCGAUGAGCUCUUCGAGCGCGAGGAACUCUCGGCUGCUCCGGAUGUCAGCUGGCCCGAUUGCUUCAACUCCGGCGUGUUCGUGUUCAGACCCAGCCUGGAUACCUUCGGCAAGAUCACAGAGUUCGCCAUAAAGAACGGCAGCUUCGACGGCGGUGACCAGGGCCUGCUGAAUCAGUUCUUCGCGGACUGGGCGACGGCGGACAUCAAGAAGCAUUUGCCAUUCGUAUACAAUGUGACGGCCUAUGCCUCCUACUGCUAUCUGCCCGCCUUCAAGCAGUUCAGAGAUAAGAUUAAGAUUUUGCAUUUCGCCGGCAAGCUCAAGCCCUGGCUGAUCCAGUUCAACUCUGAGACGAAGACGGCCGCCGUGUCCUCGGACUAUGCCCACGCCCAGGACCUGAUUCAGCUCUGGUGGAACAUCUUCUGUGAUACUGUGAUCCAGUCCCUGUCCAGCGAAAUGGCUGGUCUGGCUGGAGCCCUGUCGCAGCUGCAGAUCGGUGUGCAGCGGUCGCCCGAACAGGAGGCCUACGAGAGUCUGAUGCGGCGCCAGUGCUGGGAGUCGGGACAGAUCGACUACUCGGGCGCCGACUCGUUCGACAACAUCUGGAAGAAGAUCUCGCAGACGCUGGACAAGAAGCCCGAGCCGGAGACCGACCAAACCGGUAGUUCAUCAUAGACACAACACAAUAAAAUAGAAUCGAACCUACACGUAGAACAGAACAGAACAAAACACAGCAGAAGAAACGCAUAAACCGUUCGUUUUUCGUCGUUUUGUUGCCACUUUUUUGUUACGCACACAAUCAAACACACACAGAGAUACCCCCUCACCACACACACACACACACACACACACACUUAAAGAGAGGCAGCGACAGCGGCAGAGUGCUGUCAAUUUCAAGGACCAAAACUCUAAUUGAAAUUUAAGGUUUCAUGAGCAUGCUGAAGCGCCCUUCUGUGCCAAAAAUGUUGUCGAGCGAAUACUUCCGAGUGUCAUAAAUGCAAUUUUUAUUUGCUCCCCACCAACACACGCACACACACACACACACACACCCACAACCACAACCACUCACACUCAAACACGCUCCUCGUGGCAGCAGGCAGGCCAUCUUGUUAGGGAAAGUGAGGCGGAAAAAAUGAAAAAUACGCACAGAAAUUUUAAUUAAGUUUUCAAAUUAAACUUUUUUCACUCACUCGUGUGGCUGCUGCUCUCGACAGCAGCCAUGUGGCACUUGGCACAGUUGCCACCUCUCUGCAUCAGCUCCCACACAUACACAUAAACACGCCCACAAAACUUGGCCCCGCCACAAACUUUUACACUUCAUUGUAUUUUAAUUGAAAAUGUUGUACUUUUGCCAGUACUCGUACUCGCACUCGUACACGUACUCGUACUCGUACUCGUACGUGUGUUUACCGAUUUAUGGCGAUGACUGUUCAUCUGCAUCCACAAAUUCAUUGGAGCAUAAAUACUCUCUCCAGCAGCCCUCUCCCACUCCACGUGUUCCCUAUCCCCCUAAACAUAUGUAGAUAGAUAUGUUUUCAAUAUGAAUAAAAAUCAAGCAAAAGUGUGUAUAAAUAAAUCUAGAAUAAAAUAAAUCUCCAAAACUGAACUCUUGUGGCAGUUGUGUCUCUGUCUGUAUCUGUAUCUGUAUCUGUAUCUUUGUGUGUGUGCCUUGCCCCGUCAACCCCUUCCAUUGCCACAUCUUCAGAUGUUUGUUUCGAGUGUUUUUUUUUUGCAGUGGAAUGCUAAUAUAUUUUCUAUCUACAUAUAUAUAUAUAUACUCGUACCAUUUAUGUUAUAAUUUACUUUGGAAUAUUGUCUUAAUAUUUAUUCAAGAACCACAAAGAAACCCCAACCACAAAAACUACAACACAAACACCUUGUGACAUUUGUGAAAUUCUGUUUUUAAA